AUGUGGGCCCUUGUAUGUACAACGUUAAUUGCCGUCAUCUCCACAUUGUUCUUCUUGUGGAGACGGCAUAGAUUUUCCUUGUUCAAGAACAUUGGUAUACCUGGACCUGAACCUAGUAUAUUCACCGGAAACAUAAGUGAAAUCAUUGAAAAGGGAGCAGCUCGCAUGUUUGAUGAAUGGGUUAAUAAGUACGGGGACGUAGUAGGGUUUUACAAUGGAGUCACACCCAUGCUCAUUGUCAAGGAUUUGGAAAUGAUCAAGAAUAUUCAGAUCAAAGACUUCGGUAACUUUCAUGGGAGGGGGGUCACAUCAAAAUUGUUCAGAAAUCACCAAGUUGGCAAGCUCAAGUUGAUUAAUGUAGAUGGAGAUCGGUGGAAACAUUUGAGAAGUCUCCUGACCCCCGCCUUCACCUCCAGCAACAUGAAAAAAAUAUCAAGUGUGAUGGACGCCUGCACCAACGAUGUAAUGGAAGUUCUGGAUUCAUUCAGUAACCAAGACAAGGCAUUCGAAAUGGGGGAGGUCUACCGAAGGUUUUCGCUGGACGUGAUGUUAAGAUCAGCCUUCGGAGUAGAAUCAAACAUUCAGAAAAAUCAAGGCAUUACUGGCGUGAACGAGAUGCUCGAGCAAAUAGCUGACCACGAGGACAAGAGUUUCACUGGCUGGCUGCCGUUUCUCUUUAAUUGCUAUCCAGAGUUUUCGUUCAUAUGGAAGUUGUAUUUCACGUGGAGUAAAUAUUUUAUAAGUUUUCCCAUGGACAAACUUAGUUAUGGCUUUAUGCCAGUAAUCAACAUGCGGCGGUCUAACCCAGAGGCUCGCAGAGAUGACCUGCUGCAGCUUAUGUUGAAUGCAGAAACUGAAGAAGGGGCAGCUGUAAACGUUCACAAGCUCACAGUUAAAUACGACGACGACGUGUCUAAGCCCACGGACACCAAUCUCAACGGUCGAAGGAAAAGGGUCCUCUCCAAUGCCGAGGUUCACGCCAACGCGCAAGUUUUCCUCAUCGCUGGUACUGAGACAUCACGGACGGCUUUGACGUUCACGUCCUACCUGCUGGCGAAGUUCCAAGACGUCCAAGACAGACUAAGGACCGAAAUAACUGCCGUACUAGAAAGAGACGGAAAGUUCAGCUAUGACAACGUGUUCAGCAUGCGUUACUUGGAUCAAGUGAUAUCGGAGUCGUUGAGGUUCUACCCUCCGGUCACUGGGUUCAUCACUAGGACUUGUCAGCACGACUACGAGUACAACGGGCUUAAAAUUCCUGCCGGAAUAAGUGUUCUGAUUCCACCGUAUCAACUUCACCACGAUCCGAACUUGUGGACUGAGCCAGAAAAGUUUGAUCCUGAGAGAUUUAGUGCCGAAAACAAGGGAAGCUUCGAUCCUAUGGCUUUUCAGCCCUUUGGCAACGGACCACGAAACUGCGUGGGACUACGUUUCGCCCAACUCGAGAUGAAACUAACGCUGGCAAAAAUGCUGGCUAAAUACAGGUUUCUGCUGGACGAAAGACAUGUCAAGGAGGAUUCUCUCAAGAUUGGUUCUACCUUCAUUUUCUGCUAUCCCCAGGAGGGUGCAUGGUUGAAGGUGGAGAAAAUUUGA